UAUUUAAACGAAAUGGGAACGCUUAAUUGCAUUGGUUCUAUUGUCAUACAUUUAUAUUAGGCACACAUACAUACUAUCGAAAAAUAUCGUUGGUCAAAUGAUAUAACAAACUCUUUUAAUGUUGCUUUCAUAAAUAAUCUAUGUUUCAAUCAAUUUCCCGCACGAUGGUCAGAAACUUAUGUAUGACAUAACAACCAGUGUCGUAGAUCUACUUUAAUACAGAAAAAUGGCUGGUGCUACAUGGGCCGAAGACGAAAUUGGACGAAAGUGGGAUCGAUGUUUCACAGAUGCUCUAUUUAAAUUCGGAGGAGGAGUUUUUCUUGGUGGUGUAUUCUCCCUGUUUUUUUUCAAACGGAGAAAAUGGCCCAUUUUAUCUGGGGCUGGUUUUGGAUUAGGUAUGGCAUAUUCCAAUUGUCAAGAAGAUUUGAAUUCCUCGAUAAGAUCGCAACAAAAACCCAAAGAUUGCAGCAAGAUUCUACCCAAAGAUGACGCAAAAAAAAGUGUUUAGCAAGUUCUAUUUAAAAAAAUUGUUACGCUGUUAAAGAACUACGUAUAAUAUACGAAUAAACUAGUUGAACUUGUAUUAUAGUGUUCUACGAAAUAAAAUCUUCGAUAACUUUAAAUUAUUACACAUAAUUUACAAAAUACAUUUCUAUGAAAAUUAUCUAUAUUUGCUUUAUUAUUCGUAGCAUUUAAA